AUGUCGCUAUCAAGAGCCGUCUCAUCCACUUUGAGGUGUACCGCAUGCUCUAAGCCAAUUGCGCGAGCUUGGCCUAGAACUCCAGCUACCACCACGCUUCGCGCCUCCUGGUCCGCACAGCGCCCGAUUAGCUCCACGACAAGACGCUGCGCAGACAGAAACGAUCCAGCCGUAGAAGACCCCGAAUUCGCUUUCCUCGAAGAUGCUGCGACCAAAAACUCAAGGACGCCUAGCGCUCCUCAAUCGACUGCCGAAGAACAGAUAGAGACUGCAUCGUCCCCAUCGCCUCCUGCACCCCUGGAAGAAGUAGAAGAAGACCUGCUUUCCGAAGAAGCAAUAGAAGAAGCAGAAUUCGAUGCAGCUUUCGACCUACCACCACUUCCCCAGGUCAAGCCUCUUCCCCGGGUCGAGCCAUCACAGCCUACGCUGCCUUGGUACCUCCAAAACCGCCCAGCUCCCGAGCCAACACAAGCUGCCAUCAUUCCCGAGCUUCCACCCAAUCCGCCCCCAUUACUACCAACCCUUUUAGAAUACGUCGCGAACACGGCAGGUAUGGAUGACCUUUUGAUCUACGACCUGCGUCAUCUCGAUCCGCCUGCCGCUCUCGGCUCGUCUCUCAUAAUGAUUAUUUGCACCGCUCGCUCAGAGAAACAUCUCCACGUCUCCGCGGACCGCUUCUGCCGUUACCUCCGCCGCGAACAUCACCUACGGGCCAAUGCUGCCGGUUUGCUCGGCCGCAAUGAGCUGAAGAUCAAAUUAAGGAGGAAAGCGAAGAGGAUGAAGAUGCUGGCUAAUGUGGGCGGCCAGGAGCCAGAAGGCAACCUUGAUGAUGGCAUCAGGACUGGCUGGAUAUGCUGCACCGUCGGAAAGAUACAGGCGCAUCCUGAGGACAAGGCCUUCGUCGGUGCGCGGGGAGAGGGAGAGGGCUUCGUUGGGUUCAACGACGUGAAGCCUGGCGUCAACGUCGUUGUUCAAAUGUUCACGGAAGAGAAGAGGGCCGAGAUCGAUCUCGAGAACCUAUGGAACGGUGUUCUGAAAACGCAUGCUAGGAACGAAGGAAAAGCGGACGAAAUGAUUAAGGCGCUUGAUGAGGAUGUGCAAGAGGCAGAUCUAGAGGCCGAGGUCGCUGAGGAAGAGAAGAUCGCAGCCGAAGAGAAGAAGGCAGAGCCUGAGCCGGUCUCUAGGCCUGCUCCGACAACGACACCGACACCGACACCAACGCACACCUUUACUAGACCACGGUCAACUGUCGGUGACGUGUUCCCAGAUGUUGACAGCUUUGGAAAUCGUCAACAGUUGAGGCGGCUGCAUACUGUAGGACUACGAGUGUAA